AUGGCUGAACAACCGGUUCUAGACACUUAUGAUAUUGUCAUUAUUGGUGCUGGGCCAGUGGGACUUUUGCUCUCGACCUGCCUCGCAAGAUGGGGAUACAAAAUCAAGCACAUCGACAACAGACCCGAACCAACGAAGACCGGGCGAGCGGAUGGCAUCCAACCUCGAUCGCUUGACCUCCUGCGGAACAUGGGACUGAAGCCAGCCAUCAUGGCCCAUGAACCUGCUAAAGUCUAUGAGGUGGCAUUCUGGGAUCCUAGUGCGAAGGCAAAGGGUAUAACCAGAACCGGAACAUGGGCAAGUUGCCCGAGUUUCAUUGAUGCUAGAUACCCAUUCACGACCCUUUUGCAUCAAGGACUCAUUGAGCGCGUUUUUAUCUCGGAUCUGGAGAAGAAUGGAGUGAACAUUCAGAGACCCUGGACCAUUAAAGGCUUCAGGUCAGACGAGAAGAAAGACCCCGAAUACCCCGUGGAGGUGGAUUUAGAGCAUGUUGAUGGCGGUGCAAAGGAAACUGUGCGAGCGAAAUACUUGUUCAGCGGGGAGGGAUCACGGUCUUUCGUAAGAGAACAGCUGAAGAUUGGCAUCAAACACAAGGAUCCAAUUGCGCAUGUCUGGGGAGUCAUGGACGGUGUUGUUAAGACAGACUUUCCGGAUAUCAAGAUGAAAUGCACAAUUCAUUCAGAGUACGGUUCGAUUAUGGUUAUUCCCCGAGAGAACAACCUCGUCCGUUUAUAUAUCCAGAUUGCGUCCUCAACAGACCCUGAUUGGAACCCCCGGAAAACCGCAACAGAAGAAGAGGUGCAAAACUCAGCGAAGCGAAUCUUGCAGCCUUACAGCAUCGAAUGGGAGCGAGUUGAAUGGUACUCCGUGUACCCAAUUGGACAAGGUAUCGCGGACAAAUAUACCCUUGACCAUCGUGUGUUCAUGGGUGGCGAUGCCUGCCACACACAUAGUCCCAAGGCCGGCCAGGGCAUGAACACAGCCUUCCUCGACGCGCUCAAUUUGGCUUGGAAAAUUCACCAUGUUGAGGCUGGAUUUGCUGACAGGUCUCUCCUCCACUCAUAUGAAACCGAACGGAAGCUUAUUGCUGAAAACCUCCUGAACUUCGACGCCAAAUAUGCAGCUUUGUUUUCUCAAAAGGCGCCAGCAGCGAAAGAUAUCGCAGCAGCAACAGAAACAGAACGAGGAGCUGAGAAGAAACCAGCCGGGGAGGAAGAAAACCAAUUCAUCAAGACCUUCAAAGAAUCGUGCGAAUUUACCAGCGGUUACGGAGUAGCCUAUAACCCAAAUUCGCUCAACUGGUCGCCUUCGCACCCUGCGCAAUCAAGCAUAAUCAACCCCAAGGGCAACAAGAACCGCACCGGGCGCAUUCUCAUCAAUUCCAAUGUUACCCGCGUUGUAGAUGCUAAUGUGGUACAUCUCGAACAAGAAAUUCCACUCAACGGCUCCUUCAGAAUCUACGUUUAUGCAGGCAAGCCUUCUGUAACGAGCCAAGCCCUUCAAGAUUUCGCCCAUAACCUCAACAAGGAAUCCUCCUUCUUCACUUCCUACCUGCGUCCGGAUAUCAAUUCUGUUUCGCAUCACGAGAAGCACAAUCCCCACAGCUAUUUCUUCACAUUUUGCACAAUUUUUGCGAGCAAGAGGAGCGAUAUUGAGAUUUCGAGAGAUGUCCCACAGGUGUUGGCCAGAUAUCGGGAUCAUAUUUAUGCCGAUGAUAUCUGGGAUCACAGAGUCCCGGAUGCAACUGCGGCAUCGCAUGCUAAGAUGGGGCUGGAUCAGGAGAGGGGCGGUGUCAUUGUUGUUCGACCAGACGGCUAUGUAGGUAUUGUCGUUAGCCUGGUUGAAGGCAGUGCGACUGUUGCUGCUUUGAACAGUUAUUUUGGGGCCUUUUCCUCUAAGAGCUUUGGGGAGCCUAGAGCUCAGCUAUGA